AUGGCGCCGGUAGUAGCUAUGACGUGUCUACAAGAAAUGGAGAAUGCUCCCCUUCGGAUGCUGGUACUGCCCAAUGGUAGCGGUUCGCCAAGUGAGAUGUUGCUGGAUUGGGAAACGAGCUUUCACUCUGCAGGUCUAAGAGUGGAGCUGUGGGGCGCUCACUGGAUGUGGCCGACGGCUGACGAGAUUCGAGGGGACGCUGUCACUAUAUUGAAGGAUCUCGUAGACGAGAUGUGCACACAGCUAAUCAGUGGAUUUUUUGGUAAACCAUAUGUCAUCGUCGGCCACAGCCUGGGCUCGUUGGUGGCGCUGGUACUGGCGCGUUCCCUCGAGCAGCGCAACUUGCCGAUCCCUCGUCAUGUUUUCUUCUCAGGAGCUGCGUGGCCUGGUAGGAAAGAUUUGACUGAGGAUCCGGAUGAUGUGGUUUAUGAUGAAGAUCUACUGGAGGUAAUAGAGCAGCAGGUGGGACAGAUAGGUGGUCAGUUGCAGAGAAUGUCAAUGCUGAGUAUUCUCCGUAGCGAACUGAAGUUGCAUCACGGGGUUGUACGCUGGUUCAAACAGCAUAACGAGGUCAAGCUUCAUUGCGAUGUAACGGUGUUUGGUGGAACUGAAGAUUCGAUUGCUCCGGUGAACUCGCUGAAGAAGUGGGAAAGGGUUUGUUCUGAAGGCAGUAAAUUUGAGAUCAAGCUGUUUGCUGGUGACCACUUUUACGUGAAAAAUGCCGAAACUCAGUCAGCAUUUGUUCGUGAAUUGAUUACAAUUUUGUUUCCCGUGUCUACAAUUGCCAUGAUGGAGUCGCGUACUAUGAUCGAUGGACUGAACUCGAAGGUCGAAUCGUAUCCAUCCGAGAAAUGUCUCCACAGCAUGUUCAUGGAGGCAGCCAAGCGAACGCCCAACGCUAUCGCUGUGCAUUACGAAGGCAAAACCUUAACGUUUCGUCAGGUAGACGAGCAAAGUGAACGACUUGCUGACUAUUUGUUCGACAUUGGUGUCCGUCCUAACUGCAUCUCGGGUAUCUUUAUGGAGCACUGUAUUGAGUUUGUGAUCGCUUACAUUGCAGCACUAAAGGCUGGGGGUGCAUACAUGCCGCUGGAGAUCGUGUAUCCACCUGACCUUCUUGAACGCGUCAUGGAAGAAUCCAAGCCAAUCAUCGUGCUAACUAAGAGAAAGUAUCGCAGCCGCCUGCCGGCCUGGCAGCAUGCACUUGAGAUGGACGAGAACUGGCUUGAUAUUUUGGCCAGACAGAAUAUCCCGGCAAUGCCUGCUGAUCGCACGGUCACUCAUCCGGGUGAUUUGGCAUAUGUGGUCAUGUCAUCAGGGACCACAGGUGUUCCUAAGGGUAUUUGCUGUCCCCAUCGCGGUGCCGUGCAUUCUUAUCACUGGCGCCUCACCCACUGCCCAUUCAAAGAAGAUGACCGAGUGGCAUGCCACGUUUUUUUCGUUUGGGAGCUGCUGCGGCCAAUGCUCGGCAACCGACCUCUGUACAUCAUCCCAGACAAUAUAAUUUACGACCCCGUCAAGCUCGUGGAUUACCUGGACAAUCACGGGAUCACACGCAUUCUCUUCACGCCAUCUCUGCUGCAGCUAAUUCUUGACACGUGCUCAAGUGAAGAUCUGCAGCGGAAGAUGUCGAAGUUGCGGAUAGUGUGGCUCUGUGGUGAAGUUGUGACGAUGGAGCUGCGUGAUCGCUUCGUUCGUCUUUUUCCCAAGUGCGAGCUGCAGAACCUUUACAGCGUAUCUGAGUGUCAUGACGUGAGUGCCGUAGAUCUUGCUGCAAUGUCUGAAUGUGAUAAACUGCUGUCCAGAAAGUAUGCUUCUUGCGGCGAAGUAAUGCCUAAUGUGAAGGCGUACGUAUUGGACGACAUUUACAGUCCUACCCCUGUCGGAGUACCUGGAGAGUUGUACAUUGGCGGACCCUGCUUGGCCAUUGGGUAUCUCAAUCGUCCGGAACAGACAGCAGAGCGCUUUCUCAAUUACGCCGUGCCGGGAGAGACUGUUUACAGGACGGGUGAUCGUGCACGCUUCCUGGCAAAUGGCCACCUUGAGCUCAUCGGGCGCUGCGACUUUAUGGUCAAAAUUCGUGGAUACAGCGUGGUACUAGGGGCCAUUGAAUCAGCUCUGGCGAAGCACCCUCUUGUUUCCACAUCGGUUGUUCUCACGGAAGGGAGCGAAGGUUCUGAUAAGCGGCUGGUUGCGUACAUUGUGCCAGAAGAUUGGGGAAAAGUGCCAAGUGCAUCAAACCUUCGUAAUUUCUUGAACGACAAGCUCCCACACUAUGCGAUCCCGUCCGUGUUUGUGCAGCUCGAUGCGCUCCCAAUCAACAGCGCAAGUGGCAAGCUGGAUCGCAAGAAAAUGCCGUCAAUCGAGGAAGCCAAGAAAUUACGCAACGAAUCGAUUGAUCUAUCAGUGGAUCCGACGAAUUUACCGCAGACCGAUACCGAGAUUAGGCUUGCAUUAAUUUGGUCCAAGCUACUUCGUCUCGAGAAACAAAACGUCUUGCAUCGUGAAGCAAGCUUUUACGAUGUCGGUGGCCACAGCUUGCUUUCGACACGAUUGGUGUCAAGCAUCCGAGACACUUUUGACGUCCACUUGACGCUAGCGGACAUUCUGUCGUCGCCCGAGCUGUGUGCUAUCGCAUCGCUCAUCGAUCGUUCCCUCAAUAAUUCUAGCAACGGCGGCACAUUAGCAGACACUGAAAAGACGGAGAAGAAGGUUGUCCUGCCGUUGGAAGCAGUGUUGGAUGCAUCCAUAUAUCCUGCGGCCACGCGUAAAGCCGGGUACAGUCGUUACCGUGUGGAAAUGGUGGGGGUGCCUCCACGCAACCUUUUCCUGACCGGGGCAACUGGAUUUCUUGGUGCCCAUCUCGUACACGCUCUUCUAAAGCACUCAACAAGCAUCAUCUUCUGCUUAGUCCGUGCUGGUGAUAAGGACACGGCAAUGGCUCGCAUUAAGAAAUCGCUUGAGCACUACGCGCUUUUUGAUGAAUCUCAGAAGUUAAAUCUGGAGAAUCGGGUGGUUCCCGUGGUGGGUGAUCUUGCGCAUCCGCUUUUAGGUCUGAAUGCCGACACGUACAAGAUGCUGGCGACUGAAAUCGAUGCGAUUUUGCACAACGGCGCAGAUGUAAACUUAGUGAAGCCUUACUCCGCUUUGAAAAGCGUUAACGUGCUGGGCACUCAGGAAGUGCUACGUCUUGCAGUGACCAACGGAUUGGACAAGACCCGUGUUAAGCCCGUCCACUACAUCUCAACGAAUGGAGUAUUUUCAUCUGCAAUGGCUGCAUCCAAAUUCGUGGAGACCGCUGACUUGAGCGAUAUAUCGGAUCAACUUGAUAAUGGCUACGCGCAAAGCAAAUGGGUCUCGGAGCAGAUGUGCCUCGAGGCCGCUCACCGUGGCCUGCCGGUGUCGAUUCUUCGUCCAGGCAACAUGGCUCCAUCCUCGCUUACUGGCGAGUGGAAUACCAACGACUUCAUCUACUUGCUGCUCAAAGGGUGUAUGUCGCUCGGCGCCGUGCCCGAUCGCUCCGACUGGUACUUUGACAUGACACCAGUGGACUAUGCGGCGCGUGCAAUUGUACAUUUUGCUGCUUGUCGACCGAUCGACGCGCUUGGCCAGACUCUGCACAUUCAGAACCCGAUGCCUCCGAUUGAGGGCCGCGCGUUCUUUGCUUUCCUUGUGGCUGCGACUGCAACAAGCAAGGAAAUGGCAAGGAUGGAGUAUUUGGAGUGGAAGUACAGUGUGCAGGAAGUCGCUGCGAAGGAGGGUGCGCCAUUAGAGCUGCAAAAACUGGCUUCAGCGAUCGACUCGUUCGACACGCACCUUCAAGGCAACAAGGUCUUUGACUCGACUCUAUCAGCUGAGCUGCUUCUGGCUGCAGACAUUUCGUGCCCUGUAGUGAACCAGGAGCUACUGAUCACGUGCACAGCCAAGUGGUGA